AUUAUUCCACUUAUUGUUGUAUUGGCAAACACAAGUAUUUGUGGUUCGAUGAAGUUUAUUUAAAAUGACCGACUUACAAAAAGAUCAAGAGGUGGACUCACCAGUCCCUAAAAAGAAGAUGGACCUCGAUACUCUGCUUAUUGAAGAGAUCGGACAAUUUGGUAGAUUCCAGUUUCGUACAUUUGUGCUAGCGCUAGUGAUGGUGAUCUUCAGUGCAUGGGCAGCUGUUGAGUACAUGUUUACUACGGCCCGGAUCAGCACCAGGUGUCUGAUUCCGGAGUGUGAAGUAGAGCCAGCGGAGUUCUCUCCGUACUGGUUGCCGAACGCGGUGCCGUGCAACGACAACUGCCAGCGCUUCGGCAACGCGUCCUCGUCGCUGCGGCAGGUGGCCAGCGACACGUGCCCCGCCGCGCUGUUCGACCGCGACACCGUGCUUCCCUGCGAGCAGUACGUGUUCGAGAACACGCACUCCGUAGUGUACGAUUACGGGCUGGCGUGCGACGAGUGGCGGCGCUCGCUGAUCGGCACGGUCCGCACGUUCGGCACGCUGACGGCGCUGCCCAUCACCGGCUUCGUGUCGGACCGCUGGGGCCGCCGCGUCGCGCUCACCAUCAACGCCUUCAACACGGCCUGGCUCGGCGUCACGCGCUACUGGGCCGACACCUACCUCGGAUUCAUGUUCUCAGAGUUCUUCGAAGCUACAUUUGGUUCCGGCGGGUUUACUAGUGUUUAUAUUUUGAUGAUGGAGCUGGUUGGACCAAAGUACCGUGUAGCUAUUGGAGCAGCGUUAAACACUGGCUUUGCACUGGGACAAGUGACAAUGGGGUUGAUAGCGUGGGUCGUACCUAACUGGAGGAAACUCACACUCGCGUUGUACAUCCCUCAGUUCAUCACAAUCGCGUACUAUUGGCUUAUCAGCGAAUCGGUCAGGUGGUAUAUGAGUAAAGGACGUUUCGAUGAAUCAGAAGCUCUUCUUAAAAAAGUGGCUCAUGUAAAUGGAAAAGAAAUAUCUGAGAAGACCUUGGCUGCUUUACGUGAGGCGGCUGCAGAGAAGUUGCAGAAUGAAACGAUAACACAUAACGGCAACGAGCCCUGGCUGAUCGUGCAGGUGUUCCGGCACAAGCGCGUGCUGGUGCGCGUGCUGGUGUCGCCCGUGUGGUGGAUCACCACCACCUUCAUAUACUACGGACUGUCCAUCAACGCCGUCAACAUGUCCGGCAACCGGUACCUCAACUACGUGGCUGUGGCCGCCGUCGAGAUCCCUGGGUACUGGAUUGCAUUCGUACUGAUGAAUGUGAUUGGACGGCGGCCUGUGUUGGCUAGUGCGUAUCUGGUCUGCGCCGCAUGUCAGAUUGCAUACAUCUUCAUACCCACUGAUAUGUAUGCAGUGUCGUUGACAGUUUACCUGAUCGCUAAGUGCGCUAUAGCAAUGGUGGUGACCUCAGUAUACGUGUACACGUCCGAGCUGUACCCCACUAAGCACCGCCACACUCUGUUCGCUUACUCGUCAAUGAUGGGGAGAAUCGGAUCCAUGCUGGCGCCACUAACUCCUGCCUUCGGGGCGCAGUGGUUUGAAGAGCUCCCGUUCGUGCUGUUCGGCUCGUUCGCCUUGCUGUCGGGCAUUCUGAUCUUCGCGACGCCGGAGACGCUCGGCACCAAGCUGCCCGACACGCUGGAGCAGGCCGAUAACCUCGGCAAGGACAAACGAUGAGGAAAUUAAAAAAAAAUAGAAAUCUCAUGUUUAUUAGCGGACAAAAAAGUGCAAUUACUAAUAAACGCAUUCUCUCUCAAAUUA